AUGAAAAGUAUACAUUGUGCGCCAUUGGUUAGGCGAUUAGUGUUUUCCCGAUCUUUCCAUUACUCCAAAAUUCUUUUCCAAAAUGCCAGAGGGUUGACAUCAACUUCAGAGUCGGAAAUGUCACAUUUCAACGCCUUAGCAUCCAGUUGGUGGGAUGUCAAUGGACCACAGAGGAUUUUGCAUAAAAUGAAUCUAUUGAGAAUGGAUUUUAUUCACGACACAAUUCGACAAAACUUGAAGCUCAAUGAAAAUACAGAUGAUGAGGUUUAUAUACCACCUUUUAAUGUGGACUUGUUGCCUCAGGGAAUUAAGAAUAAAAUUGAUGAGGACCAAGAAAUGAGGAGAGACGAAAUCUUGAAUGGUUCCAGCUUGACUGUUUUGGACGUUGGAUGUGGAGGGGGGAUAUUAUCUGAAUCAAUGGCUCGUUUGAGUUUUGUUCUGAGUGUAAAGGGUAUUGACUUGUCUGCCGAUGUGUUAGAGGCAGCUAGAUUACAUAAACAAAAGGACCCCAUGUUAAAAGACAAAUUAUGGUACGCAUUGAACGCAAUUGAAGAUAUUCCUGAGACUGAAAAGUUUGAUAUUGUCACUAUGUUUGAAGUUUUGGAGCAUGUGGAUUACCCUUCAAGAGUUUUGCUUGAAGGGUUGAAAAGAUUAGAAAGUGGAGGAUGGUUGUUUCUCUCUACGAUCAAUAGAGAUUUCGUGAGCUGGUUCACAACUAUAUUCAUGGGUGAACAUGUUUUGAGAAUUGUUCCAGUUGGAACCCAUACUUUAGAAAAAUAUAUCAAUCAAUCCGAAAUCAAAGAUUGGUUGCAACAAGAUUUGAAUAGAAAAACAGAAUUUAGAGUAGCUGAUACAAAGGGGUGUGUAUAUUUACCUGCUUAUGGUUGGAAGUUUACAUCUUGUCCAGAUGUCGGUAACUAUUUUAUGGCUAUACAACGUGUAAAAUAA